CGCCCCGCGCCCAGGGCUCCCGGGGCGGGCUCCGGGCUCGGGGCGGACGAUGCGGCGGCGCGGCCGGAGCGGCGGCGGGAAGCGGAGGCGGAGGUGACGCGCCGGGGCCGCGGGCCGGGCCAUGCAGCGCUCCCGGGCGGCCGCGGACCAGGCGGCCCUGCUCCUGGCCGGGCUGGCCCUGCGGGAGCCCGAGCCCGGCGGCGCCUCCCCGGGCCGGGGGCGGUGGGGGCCGGGGCCGGGGCCGGGGGACGAGGCGGCGCCGAAGCCGGGCCGCAGGGGGAAGGGCGGCGGCGGCCCCGAGGCCGCGGCGGACGCGCCGAGCCGCCCCGAGCGAGGCCCGCGGCGCACGGCGGCCGCCGAGCUCCCGGCGCAGCCCGCGAGCAGCCCGAGGGCCAGCCUGGCGGCCUCCGACGGCGGCAGCGCGCGCUCCAGCGGCAUCAGCCUGGGCUUCGACCAGCGCCACGGCAGCCCGCGCUGCGGCCGCCCGGACCCGCGCCCCGGCCCCGGCCCCGGCCCCGGCCCCGGCCCCGGGCCGCCGUCGGGGGGCAGCGCGCGCUCCAGCGUGUCCAGCCUCGGCUCCCGCGGCUCGGCCGGCGCCUACGCCGACCUGCUCCCGCCCGGCGCCGGGCCCGCGCCCGCGCCCGCCCGCUCCCCGGAGCCCGCGCCGCCCGCCGCCUUCCCGCUGCCCGCGCUGCAGCUGCCCGCGGCCCGGGACGGCGGCCCGAGCGCGGCCGAGCGGAGGCUGGAGGCGCUGACCCGCGAGCUGGAGCGGGCGCUGGAGGCGCGCACGGCGCGGGACUACUUCGGCAUUUGCAUCAAGUGCGGGCUUGGCAUCUACGGAGCGAGGCAGGCCUGCCAGGCCAUGGGGAGCCUCUAUCACACGGAUUGCUUCACCUGUGACUCCUGUGGGAGACGACUUCGAGGGAAGGCGUUCUACAAUGUGGGUGACAAAGUCUACUGCCAGGAGGACUUCCUGUACUCCGGGUUCCAGCAAACAGCCGACAAGUGUAGCGUGUGUGGACACCUCAUCAUGGAGAUGAUCCUGCAGGCCCUUGGGAAGUCCUAUCACCCAGGCUGCUUCCGGUGCUCGGUGUGCAACGAGUGCCUGGACGGGGUGCCCUUCACAGUGGACGUGGAGAACAACAUCUACUGUGUCAGAGACUAUCACACGGUUUUUGCACCAAAAUGUGCCUCCUGUGCCCGUCCCAUCCUCCCUGCACAGGGCUGUGAGACGACCAUCCGUGUGGUGUCCAUGGACAGAGACUACCACGUGGAGUGUUACCACUGUGAGGACUGCGGGCUGCAGCUGAGCGGGGAGGACGGACGCCGCUGCUACCCCCUGGACGGCCACCUGCUGUGCCGCCGCUGCCACCUGCGGCGCCUGGGCCCGGGGCCCCUGCCCUCGGCGGUGCACGUCACGGAGCUCUGAGCGGGGCGGGGCCGCGCGGGGGCGGGGCCGGGGCGGGGCGGG